AUGUCGUGGGUCUUGUACCGACUUCCAUCGUUAUCAAUUAGAGGCUUCAUAGAUAACUCGGGUCGUGACAAGAGAGAGGAGAAGAAAACUCGUCGGAGGAGCUCUCGUUGGCGCUGCUCACUGUUCUCACCGGUGAUUGCUGUUGUUGACCGGUGUUGGAGCUUUAAGGAUGCUUUGUCGGAGCUGCUGGCGUUGCUCGUUGGUCGCCUGGCCUUCGCCGGAGCUGCUGAUCCUCGUCGGUCGCUGUUGGAGUUCACCGGUGGCUGCUACUUUGGUGGUUGUACUGCCUCGCCGAUCGCUAGUGGAAAAGGCGAAAUUCGGAGAAGAAAGAGGCAGCGAGAGCGGCGACUGGUGGCUGCUCUCUCCGGAACCAAGUAUGGGGAUGUAUAUGAUUGUAUUGAUUUCUACAAACAACCUGCAUUUGAUCAUCCAUUGUUGAAGGAUCAUAAUUUUCAUCCAAAGAUGAAACCUACUUUAUCUAGGAUGAAGAAAAAUUCAAGUGACUCAACAACAACCUGGUCAUCGAUGAUAUGGUCGAAAGAUGAACGUUGUCCUUUUGGAACUGUUCCUAUAAAGAGAAUUACGAAAGAUGAUCUUUUAAGACAAAAAUAUAUGCCGCCGCCUGAAGAUGCCAUAUUUGAUGUGAGCAACAAUAGUAGUGAGCCAAAAGGAGGAUACAUAUCUUCACAAGGAUAUCAGGUCGCAAUAGCACAAACUUUGACUAAUCCAAAUAACAAAUUUACGGGAGCUGGAAUGAUAACUAAUUUUUACAAUCCUCAUGUUGAAGAUGGUCAACAUAGUGCAUGUCGAUUAAAAAUUCAGAAAGACUCAGAUAUCAUACAAGUUGGUUGGAGAGUGGACCCAACAUUAUAUGGGGACAGUAAAACUAGACUUUUUAUACAUUCUCAGUUUGGUAAAACAGAUUGUUUCAAUACUCUAUGCCCUGGAUUUGUGCACGUAGACACUGGGACACCUCUUGAUAUGUCAUAUAUGGAUAGUCUUACACACCGUGGAGUCGAUGGAUAUGAGGAAACAAUGUACAUUGAACGGGAUUCAGUCAAUGGAAAUUGGUGGCUUUUAUUGUCAAGCGACUAUGCACAAGUUGGUUUUUGGCCUCAAAGAAUCUUUACUGGCUUGACAAGCUUUGCUAUGAAUGUUGAAUGGGGAGGAGUCGUGUAUAGUCCACCAGGUGUACCUAAACCUCCCAUGGGAUCAAGUUUUUUUCCCAUCAGAAAUAAUCUUUGUGAUGCAUUUUGUAGAAGUAUUGCAGUUCUAAACAAGAAUGGAAAGACAAUUCAAGUAGACAAAGUGACCACACAUGUUGAUAAUCCUAAUGUGUACAAGGUUUUAUUCGAACGACUUGGAAAUGAUAAAGAGUCUUACCUUUUUUUUCUUUACGGGGGACCUGGCGAGAGUGCACAAGUCUAG